CAGAGCACAAGGGUACUCCUUUUUUUUUCCCUAAUUUUCUUCUCCUUCAACAAACGAACAAGGUAACACUCAGCCUCUUCUUCUCCCCACAAGAGACGCAACCAAGCUUUCUCCUUCACCUAUUCCCUCAUCUACCGCGACCACAAGCGCCCCCGCCUCAGCUCGCUGGUACUCGCCGCUGCCAAACCUUAGCUGGUUUAUGUCCUCCUCGACUACCCUAGGCCGCCGCCAGACCCUCCACCCCUUGCUGGAGUCUUGAUCACCUUCAUUGGAGCUCGAACCACUUGCUAAUCGUCUCCAAUCUCGUCCUGGAAGCCUCCUAUCUCGAGCUCGCCGAGGUUGGAGAGGACUACCUUAGCCAUUGCCUUGGGCCGCUGCAUCUAUCUCCGGCGAAGCUUCUCAGAGCUGUGGUGGAGAAUAGCUUCCGAGAUGAGCUAAAUCCCUUGAUGUGAGGAAGAGUCCGCGCACCACCUUGCAGAUGAAGGCGAGCAACAACCUUGCGAAUACUUAUGGUUGCAGCUAUUUGGGUCUUUCGGAGGAGGGGUUAUCCAACAAGUUUGUUUCAAUGAUCUCGGUCAACAAACAAUCUCAGCCAACACGAGCUCAGCCAACACGAACAAGAAAAGAGGAUAUAAUUACGAACAUAGCACCUAAGGUUUGUUUUGGUGAAAUAUGGAGGGUGCUCGACGACUACAGGGACAAUCUAUAGCAGUUUUCAAUGAAGGAAUUGGAUUACUCCUUUUCCGCUGGUCUGCUCUUCGAACUGCUGUCGAGAACGAAUGGGGUGGCCGUGAGUCCCGUGUCAAAGCCGAUCAACUUGUCACCAAUGUUCUUUCGUGGUUUACUCAAUUCAAAGAGCCACUUUACAUUGAUGACUUAGAAGACAUACUGGAUCAAGGUAUGCUUUCUCUCAAUGUGGAGGUCGAAGAUGGAAGCAUUGAAGAGGUAGCUGAGAAAUUAAUGGUUAUGCAUGAAGAAUUCUUGGACGGAAAUUUUAGUUCUUUUGAAAAUCUUAGAAAAGCCAAUCUCGAGCAAGCAACUCAUCCUCACACAGCGCAGAUUGUAAAUGAUGGGGAAGAUGACAGUGACGAAGAUGGUGAUGAUGAAACCAUGAUUGCAGAUAGUAAUUCUUCAAGCAUGAAUACGGAGAUUCCCAGAUCUUAUUCAAACAAUAAUUCAGUUAAUGAGCCCCGGCCGAAUGUUUCAGGCGAAGCAGAUGAUGGAUGGGUUGUAGUUUCAAACAGAAGAAGUAAGGGGAGGAAAAAUUAGAUAAAAAAUAUUUAUUCUUUUUACCCAAAGUUUUGUUUCAAGCGUGGUAGUGCUUAUACUUUUUGAGGUUUUGCAGAAUAUCUUCAGGAUUUAGAAAAAAUAGCUAUCCGGGUUAUAUACAUGCAUUGGAAAAUCGUACAUUAUGUUUUUUACAUUUUUUUUUUGACCUUGUGGUUACGUUUUAUGUCUGUAGUUUAUGUAUUCAUAUGGGUACCUCUCCGUUUGUAUUUCUCCAUGUUCAUUCCAACGAAACACUUUCUUCUACUCUUCAAUCAAGCCGGGCCAGUUUCCGGAUUUCGUA